GAACUGCUCUCUGUGUUGUGUGGUUUAAUUUUCAACUUGGUGACGCGGAAACCACACACCCAGGAGCCCGCUACAAUAUAUUGUGAAAUAGUAUAAGUUAUGGUGCAGUCUUUCAUCCUUUAGAUGAAAAAAUUUAGUUCACGGCACCAUUCAGGAACUUUCUGAAGGAGAUCCAAUCAUUCUAUCGACUUGCUCUACGACCGGUUGAUUGGAAUUUACUGGGUUGUCUGACUACGGAUGAAAUCAAGACAACAGGCCUAUUCUGUUCAUUAACAGACGGAAUACAAUACAACUUCAGUUCCUUCACAACUAUUUAGAAUUUAAAAUGGCGGGGAAAAUCCUCCUUCUUAUACUGGAGUUACUGUUCAUGCUCAAGGGUUCCUAUUCUUUCUGCCGAGUAGUUGAUGCCCCCGUGACAAAAGAAGAGUGUGAGCAGAACACAUUCGGUAUAUGUGGACACCACGCAAAGUGCUUCACCAGUCCGAUGGGUUUCUGCUGCAAUUGUCUGCCUGGGUUCAACUGGUUGAACAUCGACGACCCGUGUUUGGACACCAAUGAGUGCUCCAGGGACAACAUCUGCGGUUCCAAUGCCUACUGCAACAACACCAUCGGAAGCUACACCUGUACCUGUCGCUCAGGGUAUACGAAGCAGAGUGCUACAAGUCGCACCUGCAUUGACAUUGACGAAUGUGAGGAUGGUGCAAAGCCAAAUGAAGGCGUUUGUGGCAUUAACGGCACAUGUAGAAAUACCAACGGGAGCUUCUGGUGUGAGUGUCCAACCGGCUUCACUAACUAUGACAACGAAAGGACUCCAUGUUCGGUGACAGAAGAAGACGAGUGUGAACAGAAUGUCGGUAUAUGUGGAAACCACGCCAUGUGCAUCAACACUCCGGGGAGUUUCUGCUGCAAGUGUAUGCCUGGGUACAAGGAGUUGAACAAUAGGCCCGACUUCACCUACGACGGACAGUGUUUGGACAUCAACGAGUGCUGGGAAAUUGGGAACAUCUGUGGUCCCAAUGCCUACUGCAACAACACUAUUGGAAAAUUCACCUGUACCUGUCUCUCAGGAUAUGCUAAGCAGGAUGCUACGAGUCCCUCGUGCAUUGACAUUGACGAAUGUGUGGAUGGUGCAAAGCCAAAUGAAGGCGUUUGUGGCAUUAACGGAACUUGUAUAAAUUCCAUCGGGGGCUUCUGGUGUGAGUGUCCAACCGGCUUCACUAACUAUGGCAAUGAAAGGACUCCAUGUUCGGAGCUAAAGUGUGACCAGUUCGAGGACCCCGUUGCAGUGUCAUCACAGCCUUAUGGAGGUCUGGCAGAAAUCUUGGCCCAAAUGAAGCGUAGCUGUUUAGCGCUGGCCCGACCGGACCAGUAUGGGAACAAGACCACUGGACCCACGGUGCUCCUCAAUAGCCUCUUCGACCUGACAGCGGACGUCCUGUCCAGCAACCAUACGGGCGACAGUGUGGUGGCCGUGAGCAGCCUGCUCAGCACAGUGGAGGACUCCAUCAAACUCAUCGGCCCCCAACUCACUGAGAACCAAACCAGCAAGAACACAAGCCAGACAGAGACGAAGAUCACGGUGUGGAAGAAGACGACUCCCCCGAGCGGGCCGGUGCACCUGACCAACACCAACGCCAGCCUGGAGGCGGACUGGAGCACGGCAAUCGGGAGCGGAACCUACCCUGGUUUCGCGCUCGCUGCUCUGGUGAGUUAUAAGAACCUGGAGACCAUGCUGAACCAGUCCUUUGAGCAGAUAACCUUACCCGAAAAGAACGACAGGAAGCCCAGCUACCAGCUCUUCUCCAAGGUGGUGUCGGCGUUGGUCUCCAACCCUGACACACAGCACCUAGACAAGCCUGUCAUUCUCACCCUACGACACCUGAAGGAGCUGAAGGAGUCCGCUGAGGUGAGCUACACCUGUGCCUACUGGAAGGCUGCGGGAGGCGGGCUGCAGGGGAAGGAGGAGGAGGGCGGGGCCUGGUCCACCCGCGGCUGCACCCAGGUCUCCUCCAACGCCUCCCACACCGUCUGCAGCUGCACCCAUCUCAGCAGCUUCGCCGUUCUCAUGGCCCUCUACCCCGUCAACCACACCUUUGGCCUCAUGCUGCUGACCAAGCUGUGCCUGGUCGUCUCCCUGCUAUGUCUGUUCCUGUGCAUCCUCACCUUCAUGUUCUGCCGCUCCAUCAAGGGCACCCGCAACACCAUCAACCUCCACCUCUGCAUCUGCCUCUUCCUGGCCGACCUCGUCUUCCUCGCAGGCAUCUCCGAGACCCAACCCCAGGGUGGAUGUCGGUUGGUAGCAGGCCUGCUGCACCUCUUCUUCCUGGGGGCGUUCAGCUGGAUGCUGCUGGAGGGCGUGCACCUGUACCGCAUGUUGGUGCUGGUGUUCAACACCACCAUCCGACCGCGCUACCUAUACACCGUGGGCUACGGGACGCCCCUCGUCAUCGUCAUCAUCUCGGCCAUCAGCAGACCCACGGGAUACGGCACUGACCAAUACUGCUGGCUGACGACAGAGCAGGGCCUCAUCUGGAGCUUCUUCGGGCCGGUGUGUGUCGUCAUUGGCCUCAACGUGGUCUUCUUCAGCAUCACCAUGUGGAAGCUGGCCCAGAAGUUCUCCAGCCUCAAAGUUGACCUCACCCACCUGCACAAAAUACGAGCUUUUACAGUCGGGGCUAUAGCUCAGCUGUGUGUGCUGGGCCUGAUGUGGCUCUCUGGGGUGUUCCUGUUUAAGGAGGGGGACUUGGUGGCCGCGUACAUAUUCACCAUCCUUAACGGCCUACAGGGGGCGCUGAUCUUCCUCCUGAACUGUCUGCUGUCAAAGCAGGUGAGAGAAGAGUAUGCCAAAUUAUUGUCCUGUGUCCGUCAACAAACCAGUAAAGUCCGAUACAGUCGGCCGCAGGCGUCCCGGAGCGGUCCACACACAAACGAAUCAAACAUAUGAAGAACCCUCAUACACACGGCUCCUCCCCCUGCUCUGUCUGGGGUUGGAUUUUUUUUACUUUUACAACCAAAAACAUUUAUUUGAAUGUAUGCAAUCUCCAUUCCAUUUUUCUUCUGGCGGCUGUUAGUCCUAGGCCUAUCAUGUGAAUAUGUGUUUGCUUUACUUUGCUAUUGAGUGAAAUAAAGAAUAUUUUCAUCUUUUGCACA